UAGAGUCACACUCUCACCAAUUCUACACUCCACUGAGUGAGUAGUGAAGGACAACAAAACAAUAAAGACAAAAGGACCCUUCACACAUUGUCGACUACGUAGCCAUGAUCAAAUCCUUGAAUCAGCAACUUCAGUCCAAACAUUGAAUUCCACUCCCACAUGAAACACACCAAAAACUGCUCAACCAAAAACCCACCUCAUUACCCUUUUCGUUUUUCCAUAGUGUUCCAAUAACCAAGUUUCGUUUUUUUCAUAGGGCUUCAUCUUGGUUCUUCUUCAAUUACAUAACCCAUCAAGGAUUAAGCUUUUCUUUGUUCCAUUCGGUAAUUCCAUUAAUGUGGUUUUGCUAGGGUUCAUCACCGUUUCCAUGCUUUCCUGCAUAAUUUUUUCCUGAAUCAGUGCAAAUUCUUUUACUCUUCAGUUCACUUUCUCACAUGAAUCUUCAGCUUCUCAUCAGUUUCUUUAUUUAACCUGUCUCACUCUACUUUCCAUGUAGGAUCUGCAGAACUUGACUGUGAAAUCAUCUUAAUUUUAUAGAACAGUUCCUUUUGCUAAACGUUGUUCUUAGAGUUUGUGUUUUCUUUUGCAUUGCAAGGUGUGAGAUUUUGAUAUAUUAGAGCCUUAAAACACAUUUUUUUUUUGUUUAAUUAAAAUUAAAAAAUUUCCUUUUUUUCAAUCUCUUGAUAAUCACCAACUACCCUUUUGUUUAUUUUCCAAAUUCCUAAGAUUAAGAUUGUUGCUGUUACAUUACAUUACAUGGAAUCUAUGUUUCAAGAAGAAGGUUCUUCAUCUGUAACUUGUUCACCUCUACAAUUAUUUUCCAUGAUGUCACUUUCACCUAGCAUAGGAAUAGGAUCUCCUUAUCCAUGGCUCAGUAGAGAAUUGAAAUCUGAGGAAAGAGGUUUGUAUUUGAUCCAUUUGUUGUUAACUUGUGCAAACCAUGUAGCUUCUGGUAAUCUUGAAAAUGCAAACACAACACUUGAACAAAUUUCACAGCUUGCAUCUCCUGAUGGAGACACUAUGCAGAGAAUUUCUGCAUAUUUCACUGAAGCACUUGCUGAUAGGAUACUCAAAACUUGGCCUGGGCUCCAUAGAGCCCUUAAUUCCACAAGAAUCAUUUUGCUUUCUGAAGAAAUUCUUGUUAAGAAAUUCUUCUUUGAGCUUUUCCCUUUCUUGAAAGUUGCAUAUAUUCUCACAAAUCAAGCUAUUGUUGAAGCUAUGGAAGGUGAGAAAAUGGUUCAUGUAAUUGAUCUUAAUGCUGCUGAGCCUGCACAAUGGAUUGCACUUCUACAAGUUUUGAGUGCUCGCUCCGAAGGUCCUCCUCAUUUGAGAAUCACAGGGAUUCAUCAACAGAAAGAGAUUCUUGAUCAGAUGGCUCAUAAGCUUUCAGAAGAAGCUGAAAAAUUGGAUAUACCUUUCCAAUUUAAUCCUGUUGUCAGCAAGCUAGAAAAUCUCGAUUUCGAUAAACUUCGUGUGAAAACUGGCGAGGCGCUUGCUAUAAGUUCUAUUCUGCAAUUACAUUCCCUUUUAGCUUUGGAUGAUGAAUCAUCCUCAAGGAGAAAAACAACACCUCUUUUUUCAAGAAACUCAAAUGGACUUCACCUACAAAAAGCACUACUUAUGAACCAAAACACACUAGGUGAUUUUCUUGAAAAAGAUAUGGUUAAUGGCUAUAGUCCAAGUCCUGAUUCGGGGUCGUCUUCGCCAGCAUCUUCAACGGCUUCAAUGAAUAUUGAGAGUUUUCUCAAUGCCUUGUGGAGUUUGUCACCAAAAGUUAUGGUUGUAACUGAACAAGACUCUAAUCACAAUGGUUCAACUUUGAUGGAGAGGUUGCUUGAAGCACUUUAUUCUUAUGCAGCAUUCUUUGAUUGUUUGGAAUCAACUGUGUCAAGAACAUCAUUAGAGAGAUUAAAGGUUGAGAAGAUGCUGUUUGGUGAGGAAAUCAAGAAUAUUAUUGCUUGUGAAGGAGUUGAAAGAAAGGAAAGACAUGAAAAGCUUGAUAAAUGGUUCAUGAGACUUGAUUUGUGUGGAUUUGGCAAUGUGCCUUUAAGCUAUUAUGGUAUGUUGCAAGCAAGGAGGUUUUUACAAAGCUAUGGUUGUGAGGGAUAUAGAAUGAGAGAAGAAAAUGGUUGUAUUGUAACUUGUUGGCAGGACAGGUCCUUGUUUUCGACAACGGCCUGGAGACCUAGGAAGUAAGUGUAUGUUUGGAUUGACAGUGAGGCUCUCAGAGUCACAAUGUGCUAAUACGAUUUUGGCAAAAAUUACAAUUUGUAGUUUCACCAGAGUCAUGGUGGCACCGUGAUUUCGUCAAACUUGUCGUGAUUCUAAACAUUCAAUAUAUAUUCAAUAUAUAUGACUAAUUUCAAGUUAGAAGAAAAAUAUAUGAUAUGAAGCUAUGAUAUGGAUUUAAAUUUUUCUUUGUUUGUAUGAAAGAGUUUACCAUUAUCAAUUUAGAGAUACUUAUAUUUUCUGCUUGACUGCUACUCAUUUUAUUCUUCAUGAAUGAACUCCUAUACUCUAACCUGUAUGGUACUGGAAUGUAUAUCAGCUAUUUUUCUCAUUUUACAUAAUCAAUGUAAGUUUAUUAUUUUUUCUCA